AUGGCCGAAUACGAAGCAUGUAUCAUGGGGAUACGCGCAGCCAUAGAGCGUAAGAUCAAAGUGUUAGAGGUAUAUGGAGACUCUGAACUGGUAAUUUAUCAACUCAAAGGAGAAUGGGAGACAAAAGAUCCCAAAUUGGUCAAUUACCGAAAAUUGGUUAUGAAACUAAUUGAGGAAUUUGAUGAUAUCACCUUUUGCUACCUUCCACGAGAGGAAAAUCAGAUGGCCGACGCUUUGGCUACGUUAGCUUCCAUGAUCAAAGUAAAUGAGCAGAAGGUUAUGAAGCUAAUCCAGAUGAGUAUUUAUGAGGCUCCAUCUCACUGUUGCAACAUUGAUGAAGAGGAGGAAAAGGACGAUCACCCUUGGUAUCACGACAUACUGCGAUAUGUAAAGAAUCGCGUGUAUCCUGUUCGGGCGACUGAGAAUGAAAGGAAAACAUUGAGAAGACUGGCCAAUAAUUAUGUCUUAGAUGGAGAAAUCUUGUAUAGAAGAGGAAAAGAUAAAGUGUUGUUAAGAUGUGUAGACGCUGUGGAAGCCAAGCUAAUCUUAGAAGAGGUGCAUAAAGGAGUUUGUGGAACACAUGCUAAUGGCUUCACAAUGGCCAAGCAAAUUAUGAGAUUUGGAUAUUAUUGGUCCACCAUGGAAGAAGAUUGCAUCAAAUAUGCAAAGAAAUGUCAUUAG